AUGCUACAGACCAAUCUGCUAGCUCCAGGGCAUGCAGACUUGGUGACGCAUGUUGUGUAUGACUUCUACGGGGAGCGCAUCGCGACAUGCUCAGCGGAUCAGAGAAUCAAGAUCUUCAGACGGUCCAAUGAGGGUUUAUGGGAGCCUGAAGCAGAUUGGAAGGCUCAUGACGCUGCGAUCCUCCAUUUGUCAUUCUCGCAUCCACUUCAUGGCUCUCUAUUAGCAAGCUGCUCCCAUGAUCGGACUGUCAGGAUCUGGGAAGAGGGUCCACGAUCGCAUGGUACCAAGGAAGGAAGGUGGAUCGAACGCGCAGUACUCGGAGGUGCCAAGGGGAGUGUAAGAGUGCUCGAGUUUUCCCCUCCAAAUCCGUCCUUUGGUCUGAGAUUGGCUGCCAUCUCUACCGACUCGCGCUUACGGGUCUACACUUCACUGGAUCCAUCUCUGAAUGACUGGUCGACUGCGCACGACAUACACCUUCCUUCAUUAGCAUCUCCGUACGCUGGUCAAGAGGAGACUCGCAUCAACGAGAACGCGACAGUGGAAAUCUCGACUGGUGGAUGGGGUCUUAGCUGGUGCAAGGAGAAGUUCUGGGGGAGUCUGUUGGCUGCAUUUUCUGGUACCAGUCCGACUGUCAAGAUCAUUGUCCUUGACCCUGCUCCUACCGCUCUGCUUCAUCUCACUACACCGGCACCUGCCUCACCUUUGACAUGCGUCGCAUGGGCCAACUCGUGCGGCCGCUCGUAUCACCUCGUCGCGACUGGAUCAAGGGACGGUCGCGUGAUCAUCUGGAAAGUUGAGCCCCCUGAUCCAGAAGAGAGAGGGAGAGGAGAGUGGAAAGGCGAGAUCGUGGCAGAUUUCGGCAAGGGACCGCGUAUAGGCACCGUGGACUGGAAUGCGACGGGCACAACGCUGACUGUCAGCGACGACGACGGGAUGAUUAGGGUCUACAAGCCGACAUACUCGCGUGAUUGGAAACUCAUGGGCCAGAUGACGGCCGAAGAACCUCCGCCAAUGGAUGACAGGGGUCACUGA